AUGUAUCGCUUGUCACAAGGUGCAAGUGAAAUCGAUCAAAUAAAAGGAAAAUUAGAAGCUGUUGGAGAUACAGUAGAACCAUUUCAUUUUAUUUUACAUCCAAAAGAUGAACAAAAUUUAACUCGUGAAGGUCAAGAUAAAGGAAAAGAGUUAUAUUCACUUUUAGUUCAAUUUGAAAUUAUUCAAGGAGAUACAAUAAGAGAAAUAUUUCGAAAUAAUUCACAAGAACGAUAUAAAAUAGAAAAGAUAAUUCGAAAUGAUCUUGAUCCUUCGAUUGCCGAUCCAUUAAUUAGUUUAUUAAAUAAUUUACCAUUUACUAUUAAAGAAGAAGAAGGAAAUAAUAUUCGAAUUUAUUUAAAAGAAAAAAAUAUUUUAAAGUCUGGUGGACUUACCAAAUAUAAAUAUGGAGAUAUUAAAAGAAAUAUUGAAAGAAUUUUAAAUAAAAUUUUAAACAAUACUCAAUUUGAAAAUGAUAAAGAAUUAAUUUUGUCGAAAAUUUUGUCUUUACAAGGAGAUAUUCGUUCAUUUAAAAAAGGUUUAAAAGCUAAUUUAAAAGAUUUUAUGGAUCUUCAAGAUCAAGAAAAUGUUCCAAGUGAAUUAAGAUUUUUUUGA